CAGAACCGGACUGCAGACAACAUCCCGCAUACCAUGCACACCGCUGGUCCUUGAAUAUAAAUGAGCUGCACAAAGCCCCUACUAUUCUGCAGCGUGGCUCAGACUCGUCUGCUCAGAACAAAUCUCCUGAGUCCAGCUCAGUCCCGGCUACACUGGCUGCGCCGAUCUCGCCAUACGUCCUCCCAAGAGCGCCAUCUUCCUCGCAUAGCGCAAACUUCCAUAUGGGACUCGAUCAUUCCCAGAGCAUUUCGGGGCAGACCCAAGCCCCGCGAACAGUCUAUGCAGAAUAAACCCACAAAUCCAGCGACAUACUUCAUUUGGAUCUACAUUCUGAUCGGCUCCCAAGCCAUUCGAAUCAUGGGUGUGAAGAACGAAUUCACGACUUUUUCUCGCCGAGCGGAUCACAAGAUAGAAAAGCUUAGGGAGGUCGUCACAAGGCUGCAGAAUGGCGAAGAAGUGGACGUAGAGAAGAUCCUGGGCACCGGAGAUGAAAAACAAGAGCGUGAAUGGGAAGAAGUGUUGGAAGAACUUCAAAGGGAGGACAGAGUUUGGCAGAGCAACAAGAAGAAAAGUCGAGAAGUGAAGGAACGCCUGGCCAAAGAAGAACAAGAUGCCAAUCCCGUCAACGAUGUUCAGGACAAAGCUCUGGCUGCUGACCCGUUCCCUUCAUCGUCUACCGUUGCCGUGCCACGAAGUCCUGGAUUUUACUGAAAGUCUCGGACGCGUGUGCACAGCCGAUGUAAGCGAGAACGAAUCGAGAAUAUCCCAGCGGAAGGGGUAUAUCAAGCUGAGAUUGGUCCGCGGAACACACGCCGAUUAGACCUGCACACGGCCAAAGGUCACCUUGCAGUACCCUUUGCUUUGCGCCUCUUAUGAGCGCACCGAAGCUUGAUUCUCAGCUCACAGCCUCUUCACCACAAAGCCGAGUCGAGGGAAGUGCAUGCGAAGACCAUUCUGCAGCUCGAUGACUAUCUCUCGCCUUCUGAGGCCCACUAGUGAGCCCUCCUGUGGUCUGCUCCAGGUUUGGCACUGUGUGCUAAUGUCGACCGGUGGAUUUUUGCGCCAUUGAUAGGGUAACUUACUCGUCAGUGGUACCGACUGAGACAUGCAUUCCUGCUUGCAGACUGGUGGGGUCCACAGAAUCAAUGCCGAUAUCGUUCGCCGCAUAGCCCCUGCUCAAGGACUUUUGCUUCGGGUGCUCUGCACUGAUCUUCUCGGCGCCAUUCUCAGCGGCGUGGAGUGGAAGUCCAUUGAUCCAAGCGUGGACUUUCGGAAAAUCCUUGGCCGAAAAGCCUGGUUCGCUCUAUACGUCCAUUGUCUGCAACACCAUUUCAAUCAUCCAACUUGCAUGGAUAUCGGCAAUGGAGCAUCCGUCCCCUCCGAUUCAUGGCCCGUUCGCCAGAAAGUCGUUCUCGAUAUCGUCCAACAUUUGGUGGAACUCAGCCAGCGCACUGAGCCGUAGUUCCUCAUAGUCUGGGCGGUUGAAGACAGAGAAUAAUUCUUUGUCUUUAAGAAAUUCCGCGCUCAUCUCUUCACGGGCACAAGUGGGAGAGAGACCCAAAGCUUACGAUACCCGAAAGCUCCGUACGCAUGAUCAGCCGGACUUUGGGCAAGAGCUGCCGCUUUUGUUGGGAAGACGGUCUGCACAGCUUCUACGAAGACGCGAUUGUCGGCAUAGAAAUCGCGGCCUAUGGCAUUGACGGGGAUGCGUCUGUACGUGAUGUCUAGGUCAGUAAGGAUAGGACACGGCCUCACAAAGGGCCGUUCGCAAACCUGGAGCGGGAUGCGAGACGAUGACAAAAGAUGUCGGAUUUUUCGCGCGUUCGGCGCGAAUUGGUAGUCAUAGAGGACUACGGGACGUUCUGAAAUGCCGUUCAUCUUGGACAGCUGGGGCAAGAGGGUUGCUAUACUUGCAUCUCUUGAACGAAUGGAUCCUGCUGUCAAGGUCAGAGUCAUCAUUAUGCCUCUCGUUGCAGCCUGCUUGAUAUUUCUCCUUUCCGCAGUACGUCUCCUUUGAGGGGAGAGAUCAGUCAGAAGAUCUGGGCGGGGAAAGGGUCUAUUCACAGCCCUCGGAUACGCUGUUGUCAAUAUGAGCCUCUUCUAUCGAGGUUGCAACUCUCCUAUUAGCUGAGGCGCUGUAUUUGGGAGAUAAGUUGUGUCGUUGACUGUCAUGUUCAUGUAGCUCGGGAAGACGUCGCCAACUUGGAUGGAGUUGGUGCUCCUUGGAACAGGAACCCUGCUGCCAGCUAUGCUCCUCUCGGCAGCGUAUCCCGUGCAUGCCAUGUUCCUGUAGAUUACUCGGACAUGUAGCAGGUGUAUCAGGACAUUGGCCCUUGUUUUCUGGUUGUCCAGCAGUGUCUUUAAGCUCUCUGUCGUUCUUGAUAUGGAAUGUCUAA